GGGCGCGCUUCUUCCUAGUCAGGGCGAUGGCCGUGACGCUGCCCGGAGUAAAAGAACGAAGAUGGAUUUUGUAUUCUUUUUGAGAUUGAACCAAAAUCUACUAAGAUGAAUUUCCAGAGUCUUCGAAUUGGACUUUGUCAAAUUUUAAGCUUUGAGGAAAGCAGGGGAGAAGGCCACCGGGCAGAAAAGGGGAAGUCGCCACUUUUACUUUCUCCUCAUGGCCAGACCUUUCCUCAUUUUUUAAACAGAAUUCGGAUUUUGGAACAAAGGAGAGCCGAUCACUCGACUUGUUCAACCAAAUAGGAUUUUACACCUUUAGUCUCCUCUCUUGUUCUGUCUGGGCUGACUACUUUUUCUCACAAUCUAUAAUGCCUGAGUGCUUGCAGCAUCUGCGUUGAGCAUGAUGGCAGCCCAUUCGGUUUCCAUUGACAAAUACUCCAAAGGAAAGCGCCAGCAGAUGCAAGGUGUAACCAAAAUAGAGAGCCAUUCAGAAGAGAAAUUUGAAGGGAUGUUGGCAGAGGCACCCAACCCAACACUCGCAGAUCCACAGACUCCUAUGGACGUGGACAAAACCUCCAUAUAUCGACAUCCCCUGUUCCCUUUGUUGGCUCUGCUAUUUGAGAAGUGUGAGCAAUCCACUCUUAGUUCUGAAUGCAUCACCUCUGCAAGCUUUGAUGUGGACAUUGAGAAUUUUGUGCACUCUCAGGAGAAAGACGGAAAGCCCUUUUUCAGUGAAGACCCAGAACUCGACAACUUGAUGGUAAAAGCCAUCCAGGUGCUGCGAAUCCACUUGCUGGAACUGGAGAAGGUGAGUGACCUGUGUAAGGAUUUCUGCAGUCGUUAUAUUGCUUGCCUCAAGACUAAGAUGAACAGUGAGACCCUACUGAGUGGAGAUCCUGGUAGUCCUUACUCCCCUGUUCAAAGCCAGGCCCCAAGUUUCUCACCAAACAAAUCCCAGGUCCCCUGCUCCAUCUCAGGGAGUCCUCAAGGUCAAAUUGUGGUUCCGGCUUCAGCCCUGCAACAAGGAAAAGUCACUGUCACGGCAGUAAAUCCCACCCAAGUGGUUGCAGGUAUGUCAUCAUGGCAUACUACUACACAGACAGGCGGCACAGUGUAUCAACCUGUAACAGUUGUCACUCAUCAAGGCCAGGUCGUAACACAGGCCAUUUCCCCAGGAACUCUCCGUGUCCAAAACAAUCAGCUCCAACUGCGAUUUCACCAGGACUUAAACCUCUUCAAUCAUGACGACAGCUCAACUAAAAACAAACGUGGCGUUCUACCCAAACAUGCGACAAAUGUCAUGCGCUCAUGGCUUUUUCAGCACAUUGGGCAUCCUUACCCAACAGAGGAUGAAAAGAAACAGAUCGCCAGUCAGACAAAUCUGACACUUCUUCAGGUCAAUAACUGGAGUAUCUCGGACCUGCCUGGUGUGUUCCUUUGUCUUCAUGGUUCUCUCCGCGUUUUAAACAGAACCCUGAGACUAUCAAAGAGCAGGUUCAUAAAUGCUCGAAGGCGAAUUCUGCAGCCAAUGUUGGAUGCAAGCUCCUCUGAGACGCCUAAAACUAAAAAGAAGACUCCUCAAAACAGGCCACUGCAGCGCUUCUGGCCUGACUCCAUUGCCUCAGGGGGCGGAACACCGCAGCAAGUUACAAUGCCCGAUGGUACAAUGGUGACAAUGAAUGUGGAGGGUCUACACAGCCUAACAUCAGAUGGUGCGACACUGGCAGUACAGCAGGUGAUGCUUGGAAGCCAUAGUGAAGAUGAGUCUGGGGACAGUGGAGAUGAUGACGAUGAUGCUGAUAUGACUGGGCUGGCUCUUCACAACAGUGACUCACUCCAGUAGAAAACAGGCACAAACGUGUAAACUACAGUACAUGUAAUACAGAAUAUAAAAUAGGUCUGCAUAAGUGACUGGGCUUUUGAACGAAUCGGCACACGCAUUACAUACAGAGCACAAGACAGGAUACAUGAGAAUUGUUCCUCCUUUGCCAUUGUGUUUUUUUAUCAUUUAGUUGCUGUAGGCGAUUGCACUUUGUAAAUUUAAACGAAAAAAGAAAUUGAAUUCAUCUGGUGUUAAACACCAGGAGCGUUUGUAUGCUACAUUAACAAAUAUUGAAAACUGUAAUAUUGUUUUCCUUUGCAACUUUUGAAUUGUACAUUAAUUUUGAAUGACAACACUUUCACAAGUUCUAUCAUUAGGGUUUGUCUCCUUUUGCAUGCUUGUGUUUUGAGUAGAUAUGUGCAAGACUGACUCCACAGCUCUCACAUGGACCUCUGUGAAAGAGCCAAGCUCUUUGGAGUUUCAAAAAAGAUGCUUAUUUUUAUAUACUGCAUACACGUACACAUGAAAACGUUUUUGUUCUGUUUGUAACAAAUGUUGAUGUACAGAUUCAUAAAUGCAGCAACUGUUUUCCAGGGUUCUUUGGAGUUUUCGUAAAAAAUGAAAUAAAAUUUAAAUGGUUUUAAAAUUAAAA